CAUGCGUUGUCUAUGCGCUAGUGGUGGGAGGAUUAUGGCGGGAAUGAGGUGGGAAGUGAAGGAUUAUUGUUUGGGACUGUUCUUCCAAUUUAUUAUUUAUAAUGUCUUUAAAAAAAUUAGAAGUUUAUGUGAAUAACGAAUUAUGGCAGUUUGAUGUAUCCGAUACAGAAUUCCAGGCGGCAAUAACUGGCAAUGAGAAAGUCAUCAAGUUUUUGGUGGCCCGAGAAAGUGAGAGGCGAAGUAUGGCGGUAAUCAAUAAAGAUUUUCAAGAAUCAAGGGAGUCUGCAGACACAGGUACGGCAAACGAAGUCAAUAAAGAAUUACAAGAACCAGGGGAGUCUGCAGACAUAUGUAUGGCAAACGAAAUCAAGAAGGACUCAUUUGUUUGGCCAGAUCAGGCAGUUCUUUUAUUUUUGGAGACCUACCGAGAGAAGGAAUCUGAGUUUGCUUUGGGUUUGAAACGUCACAACAAAAUAUGGCUGGAAAUUGCUAACGAAAUGAAGAAGGCAAAUUAUAAUGUUAAUGCUACUCAAUGCCAAAACAAGAUGUCUGGACUAAAAAGAACGUAUAAAAAUAUAAGUGACAGCAACAAAAAAUCAGGUAAUCAUUCAAGUUCCUGGGCUUUUUACUCUAUUAUGGAGUCAAUAUUUGGAGAAAAGGCCUGGAUAGUACCUGCAUCAAUAGCCAGUAGCGAUGGUCUAAUAGUCUCAGGCUCAUCCUCCAGUUUAUCAGAAAAAACAGAAACAGAUGAACCAAGAUUAAAGAAAAGGCGAGUGGAAUCAAUUUUGGAAUCAUUUAUCACAGAAAUGAAAGAAAAUAAGCAGAAGGACAGGGAGGAUAGAGAAAAACAGAGACUUGAAAAAAUAGCAGAAAAGGAAAAUAGACGACAGCAGAUUAAUCAAGAGCAAUGGACAAUGCACAAAGAGAGAAUACAAAUCCAGCAAUCUCUGAUUGAAAUACUGUCUAAAAUUGCUGAACGCAAUUGUGAUUAAUAGUAACUACACAGGGUUGUCCUUUUAUACUAGACUGCAUCACGCUAGUCAAUAUUCUUUUAGUUAAUUAUAAGUGAAAUAUAUUAUUUAGUUUUUUAUAUGUGCGUAUCUGAGAUAAAUAUAUAUUCAUAUCAGACUAUGCACCGAGAUUAAAAAUUAGUAGAUUAAUAAGCUUAACGUUGUUUGAUAUUUCUUAUAUAUUUUAUGAAAGUGUAUCAUUUAAGGUGGUCUGUUACUUUAUGUAGUUUCCUAUUUGUUUACUUAAUUAUAAGCUGAAUUGAACUGAUAUGAUUUUUCAAUUAUAUUUUACAAAUGGGUAAGAAUUAUUUUUUUGCAAGUUAUUGUACUUGUUCUUUAACAUAAUUAAUAUAAAGUCGUUUUUAUCGUUAAAAA